AUGGGUGUUUUGGGCCAAUAUAAAACCGGUAUUAAGACACGUCAACCUCCACCACCCGCCCAACAAACGGAACAAUUGAAUUAUAAUCAUCAAUACCAGGCUGGAAGUGCUUAUGAACGUUAUAAUGGCAAUUACAAACCUGCGGAAUAUUAUCAAGGUGAAUCGUUGGUGGUGAAACCCACACCAUCUCCCCAGCCUCAGAUUUUGGAUGCCACAGCUGAGUUUAUUAAUAAGACCCGGGCUGGUAUUGCAUCGGGUAUAUGUUUCAAAGAAGUACCCACCUCCACCCUGGUCAAAAAUGGUCAAGAGCCCGUCAGCAAUGGCACAUCGCCCGGCAUGAGCACAAUCCAAGUGUGCUGCGAAGGCUAUGAGCGGAACCCUCAUGUUUUCAAGAAAUGUGAUCCCAUCUGUGAGGAUGAUUGUCCCAAUGGUAUUUGUGUGGCGCCCAAUCAAUGUGUCUGCAUUCCUGGUCAUGUACGCAACAGUGUGGGUAAAUGUGUCACCACCUGCCCCAUUGGCUGUGAAAACGGGGUGUGCACAGAUGAUGGACAGUGUCAGUGUAAAUCGGGCUAUACAUUAGAACCGAAGCAGGGUAAAUUUUGUGUACCCGCUUGUGAGAGUGAAUGUAAAUUCGGAAAAUGCAUUGGACCCAAUCAGUGUGAAUGUGAAAAGGGUUAUCGUCUAACCGCUGUGGGUACCUGUGAACCGCAAUGUGAGAAUUGUCAGAAUGGUAAAUGUACCGCACCCGGAUUGUGUAGCUGUCAUACGGGAUAUACCAAGGUGGGAGAUGUUUGUGAACCUGUGUGCUCGCUUGGCUGUGACAAAGGUUUCUGCAUUGCCCCCGACACCUGUUCCUGUCCCGUCGGUUCCGAAUUGGAUCGUUCGGGCAUUAAAUGUAAUCCUCGUUGUGAUGUGCCAUGUGUGAAUGGUGUGUGUUCGGCACCCAAUAAAUGUGAAUGUGAACCGGGUUAUGUUCCGGAUGAAAACCACUCGAAUAUGUGUGUCCCCCAUUGUCCUCAAGGAUGUCCCAACGGCUACUGUUCAGCACCUAAUUUCUGUUCCUGUAAUCCUGGCUUUAUAAAGAGCGGUAUUAAGGGACGUUACUAUUGUAAUCCGGCAAAUUGA